AUGGGGAAGCGUAAAAGCUCCAAGCCCCAGGUGGCGAAGAAGGGGCCUCCUCCCUUGGAUAAGCAGUUCCGCUGCCUCUUCUGCUCUCACCCCACGUCCGUUACUUGCAAGAUCGACGACAAAACGCGCAUAGGCUAUCUCUCCUGCAAGCAAUGCGGGCAGAACUUCUCGACCCCUACCCACUCACUCAGCCAGCCCAUCGACGUAUACACGGACUGGAUCGAUGCAUGCGAGGAG